CCUGUGGAAAAAAACGAGAAAAUUGAGUUUGUUUUCUCUCGUUUCCGCUCGUCUUUUCACUUUGCACAACAAGAUUCUUCAUUCACGGAUUCUUCCUCAUCGAAUCAUUUCUAGGUCGCGAAUCGCGAUUAUCUAGCCAACGAACACAAGUAGCUACCAAAGCUAAUAAAUCAUGGCCGCUAGCCUUCUGCUCAGAAACGCCUGCCGUCGCUCGCUGUUCCAGGGAUGCUAUGGCCUCAACGGACACCAGACCCUGCCGACACUUGCGGCCGCCCGUACGAUCGUGCUGAAACCGGUCAAAUCCGACGAGCGUCCGGGGGAGUCGCAUGACGAUCGAAAUGCCCGCCUGAAGCGACCGCAGUCCCCGCAUCUUACCAUCUACAGCUUCCAGCUAACGAGUGCCCUUUCGAUUACCCACCGAUUUACUGGGCUGGCGCUGACCGGUUACAUUACCGCAAUCGGUCUCGGUGCCCUGGCCCUGCCGCACGAUGCGACACACUAUCUUACCAUGCUCGAAGGCCUGAGCGCUCCAACGCUGAUCGCGCUCAAGUUCAUGUUGGCCUACCCGUUCGCCUACCAUACCGUCAACGGUGUGCGCCAUCUGUUCUGGGAUAUGGGCAAGUUCCUGACCAUCAAGGAGGUGUAUACUACCGGCUACACGAUGCUGGGUGUGUCCGGUGUGUUGGCCGGUGUGCUGACGGCGUUGUAAAUAGAAAAGAAACCCACGCUUCAGUAAGGGAACGAGUAUUCGCUACAUAAAUUCGCUAAUUUAUUGAACCAAAAACCCAUCUGUGCUUAGUGAAUCCGGGCGAUCCAAGUAACGCACGCCUUUUUGUCGAAAUAAAACCAAAUUGACUUACAACACAACA